GGAGGCCUGCUGAACAGAAUGUUUGGAUCUUCGCCCAAGGAAGGCGACGCAAUGCCCAAGACUGCCGAACCAAGCUCUGUUCCUUCCGCCGAGCCCUCGUCUAUUGAUGCUGGCACAAGCGCAGACCGUAAAGAUGUUAGUCCCUCUGGCAAGAGGAGAAGUAGCAGCUUCGCCGGCGCACGAAACGUCUUCUCAAAUGCCAAACAGUCUUUGAAGGACCAAUUCCACAGCUCCUCUCCCGAAGCCCGUGAGAAACCGCAGACUCCUAUGCAGAAGCUUGGUAGAACCGAUCCUGCCCUAAGCGUUCCCCAGGGUGCACUCAACAACUCGGCCGGAGAAUCCGAGCCUGGUCCACGAUCCACCUUCAGGGUCGGUGUCACCGAAGAUAAGAACAAGAAAUGCCGAAGAACCAUGGAAGACACACAUGCCUAUCUCUACAACUUCCUCUGCACUCCUGCUCCCGCUCUCGGCUCAGAAACGGCUCAGAAGAGUAUAUCUUCUACCAACUCGACCAACUCUCAAGAUGUCGUUGAGACGGACAAUGGUUACUUUGCUAUCUUUGAUGGACACGCUGGUAAUUUCGCUGCCGACUGGUGCGGCAAGAAGAUUCACUGCCUUCUUGAGGAAAUUAUUCGCAAGCAUCCGAAUACUCCUAUCCCCGAACUUCUUGACAUGACCUUCACCACUGCCGAUCAGCAGCUGGAGAAGCUUCCUUUGAAGAACAGUGGAUGUACCGCAAUCACUGCUGUGCUUCGUUGGGAAGAUAGAAUACCCAACUCUCAGUCAGCCACAGGCUCUACCGCAAUUGCACCUGCCACCGCUGCCGCUAUCAAGGGCAGCUCGGAUUCAACGCCGAUCAGUGCCGACUCGACACAGUCUCCUGCUGCAAAGCUCCGUGAGGCAGCUUCGCGCCAACGCGUUCUCUACACUGCCAAUGUUGGUGAUGCACGCAUCGUUCUUUGCAGAAAUGGCAAAGCUCUUCGCCUCUCUUACGACCACAAGGGUAGUGACGAGAACGAGGGCAAGAGAAUCGCAGGUGCCGGAGGCCUCAUUCUGAAUAACCGUGUCAAUGGUGUUCUGGCUGUUACUCGCGCUCUGGGAGAUGCGUACAUGAAGGAUUUGAUUACCGGUCAUCCCUACACUACCGAGACGGUAAUCCAACCAGAUAUUGACGAGUUCUUAAUCCUGGCUUGUGAUGGCCCAAACAGNUUGUGGGAUGUCUGCUCGGACCAAGAGGCAGUAGAUCUCGUCCGUAACAUCAAAGAUCCGCAAGCUGCGUCUAAGGCUCUGGUCGAAUAUGCACUCAACCGCUUCUCGACGGACAACCUGACCAUCAUGAUCGUCCGCUUCGACAACCAGGCAUUGCAGCAGACGGUAGAACGCAAGGUGGAGCCUAUUGGUGUUGAUGGCGAUCCGGCCGCACAGAAGGGCGGCGUGAGCGAAGCCGACGCGAUCAUCGCCGAGCAACGCCAGAAGCUUGCAGACAGCGGCGAGUUACUCGACCGCGUACCCAGUGAUAUCAACGAGGAGGAAGAGAAAGUGGAUCCCGGACCGGAGCUUAAUAUCGAAGCAGUCGAAGCCGCACGCAAGGACCGUAAGCCUCAACCGCCUGCCGAGGAAGUUGCCCGCGCACAACAGUCUUAG